AUGUAUACUAACUGUGGAAACUCAUAUUUACCAGGAAAUUGUGGUUCAGGCGGAGGGAGUUCCUUCAUCAGUGGCCAUAAAGGUUGUAUUUCCGUUUUAGAAUCAUCAGAAUCAGAAGAAAAUCUGAAGUUUUCAGAAUCAUUUGAUCCAUCAAUUCAUUACAGUGGAAUCCAAUUUUAUCACACCGUCAUGAUUGAUGGCACAAGUAAUAUGCCAAAUCCUCUUGGUGGUAACGAAACGGGCCAUUCAGGCGAUGGUUUCAUUCGAAUCACCCAAAUCUAUCUCCUUGAUUGUCCUAGUUACAAAUAUCAUUACUUUGCAUUACCUUUCUCAUCUUUAUUUUUAUUCAAUUUAAUAAAUGAAUCAUAA